UGGCCCUGCUAUUAUGGCAGGGAACGUGGGAGGGAAAGCGUCAGAAACGUACAACAGUUUUUCUUUUACACAGUUGUUCAAGCAGUCAGAAGGAGAUAUAUUUAUGGAGGAGACCGUAGCAGCUGGAUGUGCAUCCCCAGCAGAAGGAAAUACAUCGCGGUAAUCGUUUCAACAAGUUUGUUGAUAUAGCUACUGUAGCCAAAUAACAGAAGCAAUAACCUGCAACAAAAGUACCUGUACACAUACUACUACUGGAAGGAAGGGUGGCCUAUACAUAUUUUUUUUUAAACAAAGGAGGCCGUUGUCAUUUGCAAUUACUUUUACUAUUAAGGAUUGAAGUGACAGAUCUAGUACAAGAGUUGCAAUUGUGCCGGAUCCAGAAUGACGGGGUGUCCGAAGAUGUUCGCCGUGUGCGUCCUGCUGGUUUGGUCCUUGCAUCAUCUCCACUCCCAGACACAAGAAGUGGCUUCGUGCCCUGGUACCCAGAAUUCCCUGAGUCUGUCAGGGAGUUCAGAGGAGUGGUACAACGUCAUGAAGGACAUGUACAGCGGGUGCAAGAUCGUCAUGGGUAACCUGGAGAUUACACACAUGGAACAUAGCCGCAACUUCUCCUUCCUGCAGUCCAUCCAGGAGGUGAAGGGCUACGUCCUGAUCGCUGUGAACAUGUUCUCCCGCCUACCCCUUGAGCAGCUGCGUGUGAUCAGGGGCACCACGCUCUACAAUGAUCGCUAUGCCUUGACCGUCAUCGUCAACUGCCAGAAAGAGCAUGGGCUUCGGGAGCUGGGCCUCACCCAUCUGACUGACAUCCUGCAAGGUGGGGUUCAGAUUGUACAAAACAGGUUCCUGAGGUACAUUUCCCUGGUGAACUGGGCUGACAUCAUGAGGGACAGCUCUGCUGAGGUCAAGAUCAAUGACAACGGGGAGAGGGGAAUGUGUGAUGAGUCCUGCGGGGGGUUCUGCUGGGGACCAGGUGAAGAGGACUGCCAGAUCUUGACCAAGACGGUGUGCGCACCACAGUGCAACGGCCGCUGCUUUGGCACCAGCCCCAGCGAGUGUUGCCAUAGUGAGUGUGUGGGGGGCUGCACCGGUGCGCAGGACACAGACUGUUUCGCUUGCAGUAAAUUCAAUGACUCAGGGGCUUGCGUCCCACAGUGCCCUUCGGCCUUCAUCUAUAACAAACACACAUUCCAACUGGAGCACAAUCCCAGUGCCAAGUACCAGUACGGCUCUAUCUGUGUGUCUCAGUGUCCCUCCAACAUUGUGGUGGACGACAGAUCCUGCCUAAGCGAUUGUCCGCCAGACAAGCAGGAGGUGGACAUGAACGGGGUGAAGCAGUGUAAGCGCUGUGAAGGGCUAUGUCCCAAAGUUUGUCUGGGCACUCACACCCUUCACAGACAGACGGUAGACUCCACAAACAUUGACAGCUUCAUCAACUGCACAAAGAUUCGGGGCAGCCUGUACUUUCUGAACAAUGGGAUUUUUGGUGACCUAUAUCGCAACAUCUCUGCGCUUGAACCAGAGAAACUGAACUACUUCCGAACUGUCCGAGAGAUUACAGGCAUCCUGAGCAUCCAUUCCUGGCCCAGAGAACUGGCCAACCUGUCUGUGUUCUCCAGCCUGACCACCAUACAUGGCAGAACCCUGUACAGGGGCUAUUCUCUCAUGGUGAUGACGGUGCCCUCACUCACCUCCCUGGGACUGCGCUCGCUGAAGGAGAUCAGCGACGGCAGCGUCUACAUCAGCAGGAACAAGAAGCUGUGUUACCACCACACCGUCAACUGGACCCAGCUGUUCACCGGGGGCCGCACACAGCAGCGACACCAGGACACCAGGGGCAUCAAGAAGAACCGGCCAGAGAGCGAGUGCAUUGCAGAAGGACAUAUUUGUGAUCCCCUGUGCUCAGCCUCUGGGUGCUGGGGCCCGGGGCCCGAUCAGUGCCUGUCCUGCAGGAACUACAGCCGAGAGGGAACCUGCGUCACUAACGACGAACCAAUGCAACUUAUCAGUCUCAGGGGAACCACAUGAGUUUUCGGGGCCAAAAAGGGAGUGUCUGUCGCCCUGAGUGUCAGGUCCAGGAGGGGAAGCUGACUGUCCUCUGACUGGCUCUUUGUCCAUCCCGAAUACCAUGAUGCCAUCAUCCAGUAUUACGCUCUUUUUUGGUGUCCAAUAACCAAUAACCAACUGUAAUUGACCAUCAUGUUAUGGGGAAGAGCCAAUUGGAAUGGAUUGUGUUGAAUAUCAAUUGAAUAAACCAGUGAUUUUGCUCUUUGCGACUUGAA